UCGUCAACUAAGUUUCUUCGCUCUCCACUUCAUAAUAUCAACUUCAUUCUAAACAAUUAGAAAGAACAAAUUAUACAUGUCUCCACAAACAUAAACAAUAUUAAUUGUUUAAGGAAAAUAUAUUAUUUAGAAUAUUAAAUAUAACGGGAAAGUAAUUAUAUGUGUGUGGGCGGGUACCCUUGGGUCGGGUUUUCCUAAACCCAAACCCAACCCGACCCGGUGAAUAGUGUAGCUGGUUUAAACCCAAACCCGGUCCAAAACCCGUCAACAAGGAUUUUACCCGCGUUGACCGGGUUGGGUCGGGUGGGUACCCGUGGGUUCGGGUUUUGUUGCCAUCCCUAAGUCCGAUCGGGUAGAAGCUGCAAAGAGAGAAGAAGAGAGAGCUUUUCUUUCUUCCUUCAUUUCCCUUUUCUCCUUCUCUUGGCCCACUCAGAACAAGACACACUCUCUCUCUCUGUUUCUUGGUCGGACUCGUAGCUCAAAAACCCUUCCGCCAUUUCUCUCCUCCCUUCUUCCUCCUCCUUCAUUCCCACCGUUUCUUGAGCUCCUUCACCAAUGGACGAAGACGACGAAUUCGGAGAUCUCUACACUGAUGUGCUCCAGCCUUUCUCCAACUCCUCAACGUACGCUCUCCCGCCACCAUAGCUGCUGCUUCAGCUUCAGCCGAAACGGGCUUCCCCGCCACCGCCGCUUCCCUCCUCGUCAUCCGUCGAUCUCAAUCCUGACGACGAUGACGAGAUUCUCUACGUCGCAUCCGGGCGUGGUGAUCAAACCCUAGUGAAUUCCGCCCCCAAUUCGAAGCCUGAUGGAAAGUUCUCGGUCGUGGUCGGCGGCGGUUCCGAUUCAAGAUUAUGGAAUAAAAAUAAGGGUUAGGACACGAGGGGAAUUUUGACCGAUUUCUAUCCGGGGAGCCGGAUAAAGAUUUGGAUUUUGAUAUCGAAGAAGGUGGGAAUGCUGGGGAGGAUUCGGGUCUCGUCAUUCCUGGAAUGGGGGUUGAUAUGGUGGAGGACUCGAAGCAGAAUGGAGCGGCGGCGUGUGAUGGUGGCAUGGGUGGCAGGUGACCGAGGGGUUAAGGAGGGUGGAGAUGAAGAGUGGGACGAGGAAGACAGUGAUAGUGAAUACGAUCUGCAGAUCGUGUUGAACGAUACUAGGCCGAUGGGAAUGGACAGCAGCAUGAUAAAGGAAAGAAAAUGGAAAUAGCCCAUUUUUCGUUUUAUUUUUUUUUUCCGUUCAAAAUGAUAAAGGAAAGAAAAUGGAAAUAUGUAUAUAUUAAAAAAAUUGAAAUUUGCUGAGGUAGCAGUGACAUAGCGCAUUGACCGUUAGUCAACGCGUUUUAGCGUCCAAGUUAACGGUCAAAAGUCGGAUCUGGCCAAAUUGUUUAUUUUGAUGUAUAGUUCGGACAAGGAUUUUAUAGAUCGAAAAUAUUGGCCAGGAUGUUUAUUUUGGUCAAAGUUCAGGCCAUACAGAAAUAUUAACCUUUUAAACAUAUACUUAAAGCAAUUCUAUUGGUAUUGACUAAUAGAAAUUUAGACAGUUAAUAAUUAGUUUAUAGUUAGUAUUAAUUAUAGAUAAGUUAAGGGCAAUUAGGAAAUUUUAUUUCGUUAAAAAAUUAUAUUCCCCAUCCUCUACCACCACCCCAAUUGCCCAUCUCCAAGUCCCACAACCACCCUUCUUCGUCAUUCUCUACAAUCGCCCCAAUCGUCGCCGACUCCACACCACCGAAAAACCCCAUCUCCAUGUCCUUUCCCUCUUCCACCGCGCGGGCUCGCAUACAGCUAAAUCUACUGCACACAUUGUUUCGCUACCGUCUCCAUCUGAUUAGCAACGACAACAUCGCCCCUUCCUCCAACUUCACUCACCCAAUGGACCCGCCGAUUCUGCUGCUCCUAUGCACAAUCCCAAGGUUGCUGGCGGUUAUCCUCAAUCUGGGCACUUAUCUUUGGCAAUCCUUAAUUAGGCAAAAUUUUGGGUUGGUGUUUGAAUAAUAGGGUAAAAAAGCAGCUCUUAUUUGUUUCUUUAGUAGUUUCAAUUGAAAAUGAUUAUUGGAAUGAUUAUUAAUGAUUUUGUAUUGAUUUUCAAAGAAAUUCAAUUCCUAAUUAAUGAUUUGUUCAUUUGUUAUUAAGGAUUUUCAAUAUCUGUAUUAACGGCUUAAUGCAAUUUUAUAGAUGAUUCUUAAUUUUUAUGGAAAGGGAGGCAUAAGCCAAUGUUUCAAGAGAGAAGUACAAAAUCAGCUAAAGUCCCCUGCAAACUCGUAGAAGGAAAGCUAGCUAAAACACAAACCCAGGUGGCACAAAAUAGCAGCUCUAGGAACUAAAACAAAACCCCCAAAGAAACAUCAACUUCUAUUCUGCAGAAUAUGUCUGGGAAAGCUCACUCCCAUAAUGUCCUCCCUUAGGAUUCUAUCCAAAUCAGUUGGAGGGUGCGUUAAUUCAUGCAUAUCAAAGGGAUAGACGAGACUGUGCUUCGAGAGCCAGGCCACGUCUCUAUUCCCUUCAAGAUAUGUAUGGAUUAGACGAACCACCCAAAUUUGCAACAUCAACCUGCGGAUAGCCGUCAACAUGAUUGAGUAUGGUUGUGUUGAGUCGUCACGAUUCUUGAUUAACUCCAAAGCCAUCAUCGAAUCCGUUUCAAGAAUUAGGAAUUGAGUUCCUUAACUUCAAGAAAACUCGAGUCCUUGAUAAACUCCCACAGUUGUGCUAACAUUGCCGAUCGUGUCCCAAUUUUGCAGCAAAAGCCACCUAACCAGUCACCUUGUUGUUUUGCAGCACCCCACCUGCUGUUGCUAGCCCUGUUCCACCCUGAAUCGCACCAUCUGUGUUCAUUUUUCUCCAGCCUCUUGGCACACAGGUCCAGCUGAUCAGCUGCUCCUCUAGUUGGGGUCUCUCAUUAGUAGCUAAGCCAACACACGCUCUAUCCUAGGUCUGCAACCAAUCCUUAGCUUUCGUCGUGACGUAGUUGAUCACUAUAGAUUCUGUAAGCCUCUUCCCCUGAAAUAGGAAUUCAUUCCUAUACUUCCAAAUGUACCAUUUUAAAAGGGAGAAGCAACUUGCCCACUAAUCUUGAUCUUCGUUCAUAUCACUCCCUUCCAAAUUAAUUCAGAACCACUCAUCAUGGCUGGCUGUGAAGAACCUGCGAUGUUUUUGCAGUGGAACAACCAUGUAACAAAUUUUUUGCGAGGCC